CAGUCCCCCGUUUUACCAAGAGACUGACUGCGGGAUUCUGGGGAAAAAACGGAAAGACCUCAGAGCUUAUGUCGGAUCUCUGAAACAAACCGGGAGACGUAACGGCGGCUGCCCGCCCCACAAGAACCCGAACUUGGGAGACGCGUGUCGCCGUGGGAGCGUGGUGGAGGCUUCACACGUGACGCUCGGGGGGAAAGGAAAGGACAAAAGGGGGGGGGGCAACAGAUCUCCAGCAGGUGUCCAAAGCUGCACCACGGAGCUGGAGGGAUGGAUAGCCUGGAGAUGGUUUGGGGUUGAUUAUUUUUGGUGUCUCCGCUUUUAUUUGAGCCCCCUGCAAUUGGGGCCAGAGGGAUCCUGGUUCUGAAAAGCCAGGCGAACCUCCAUAUAUAUAUGAGCCUCCAUAUAGGCGGACCUCCAUAUAGAGCUCCAGUGGGGCUCCUCUUGGAAAGACAAACCCUUCCACGAAGCAGCGAUACAUCCCCAGCCUCCCUUCGGAAGAAGAAAACCCAGGCUGCCUUAAAACACAUACUAGAUAGAUAGAUAGAUAGAUACGUAUAGUGUAUCUACUUUGGUCCUCAUCUUGCAGGCACGUUUCACUCUCGCGAUCCAAACCUGGCCAAAUGCGCCAAGGAAACCUAGGAUCUGCCGCCUGAUUAUUAUUAUUAUUAUUAUUAUUAUUAUUAUUAUUAUUAUUAUUAUUUUAAAUCCUCUUUUUCCCCCUCUCACCUCCUCUAAAAGGAAAAGGAAAAAAGGCAAUCGGAGCCAAGCGCGGAUGGGGCAUCUUUUUUUGGAGGUGGCGAUGGACGGCUGAAUUGCCAAGGCGCUGUGUGUGUGUCUGUGUGUGCCUUCCUUCCUUCCUUCCUUUGCCGGUGUGAUUGCGGGAUUGUAUGUGUGAGAGAGUGUGUGUGUGUGUGAGGCUGCUGUGUGUGGUGUCUCUCUCGCUCUCUCUUUCUCUGUCUGCCCGCCCCACCUCUGUCUCUCUGAAUAAUCUCUGCGCCCAGCCAGGAGUUGCCUGUUGAUUUCUCUCUCGCCUUUGCAAAGGCGAGCAAAGGCGAAGAGGGAGGCGAGCGAACUGAAAAAACCCAACUGCGGAGGGCCAGCUCCCCCAGACACGCAACAGCACCACCCGCAGCAGAGAGAGAGAGAGAUAGAUACACAGAGAGAGAGAGGCUGAGGCAGGCGAUGUGGUGGCGGCGGCGGCAGCAGCAGCACAACCACCACCACAACCAUCACAACCACAACCCCCAGCAACGGAGGAGGCGGCUUGGGCUCUCCCCAGAGGACCCCCCCAGCUGGGAUCUUUGAAUUUGAGCCCCCCUCGCCCCCGUUUGGCUCAGCGAUCCCUUCCAAAUCCGGAGGAGGGAGGAUUUUUAUCACACACAGAGAGAGAGGCAGACUUCCCACCAAAGAAGACCUGCGGGUGCCGAGGAACUACAAAUCCAAAGGGACUCAUCCUCCUCAUCCUCAUCAUCCCCGUCUCUGGUUCCUUGGCCUGGGCGGUUUCCCUGCUGCCUCCGAGACACUGUUGUUUUCUUUUUCUUUUUUUGGCCGCGUCGCAGAGAGGAGGCAAAAGCCGGGUGUGUUGUGAGUGUGUAAAGAGAGAGAGCAAGGCGGUCUUCCCGAUGGCAGGCGACGAGAUGCGGCUCUCCGCGGCAGCCAGGAAGCCGAGAUUAGAUCGCUAAAUGCAGCAAAGGAAGGCUCCCUGGGAAAAGGGAUCCGGAGCAUCCGAUUGCGGAGCCUGAGGGAGAGCUGCUUUCCCGGUUCUAGCUGAUCAGACUCUUGGGCGAAGGACUCUCUCUUUUUUUCCCCAUCAACCAAUAAUAAUAAUAAUAAUAGCCUUCCUUCCAGCCGGGUCUCCACCUCGGCGCCCCGAAGAAGCUGUUUACAAGUCGCCGCCUCAGAUCUAGAAGCCACUUCCUUGGACACAAACUCUGAUCCCCCCCUUUGUGUGUGUGUGUGUGUGUGUGUUUGUUUGUGUGUGUGUGAUCACAGCCGCCUCUGGUGUGGCUUUUUUAUUAUUAUUAUUAUUCCUUCCCUUUUUUUAAGGAAGAAAAAUAAUCCCAUCUCUACCUGUCAAUCUCUCUUUAUUGGGGGAUCCUGUGUGUGUGUGUGUGUGAGUGUGUGUGUGUUUAGCAUCCCCCCCCUUCCAGACCCGAAGCUGCCUUUGCCUUUGCUCCUCCAUCCCUUGAAGUUGGACCGCGCAAGGAGGGACUGCAGCAGCAUCAAGCAAAAGGUGGAGGAGGAAGAGGAGGAAGAGGAGGAGGAGGAGGGAAAGAGAGCAGACCGAGGGGGACCCCCCUUCUUCUUCUCCCUCUCUGUCUCUCUCGCACGCACACACACACACACACACAGACCUCCCUUCUUCUCCAGCCACCGCCUCUGCCUCCCUUGCCUCUGUCCAUGGUGGUGCUGGCGCUUGGCGGAGCUUCGGAAGCAACAGGUCCAGGAACUUGAAAGGGAAAGGCAAAGGAAGGGAAGGGAAGGGCAGGCAGGGGGGAUCGGGAUCGGCUGUCCCCCGGGGAUGUCCCUGCUCCCGGCCUGGCUCUUGCUCUUCAUCCUCCUGCUGCUGCUGCUGGGCUGGGCUCCCGCCGCCCUGGCGCUGAGGAACCUCAACUACUCGGUGCCGGAGGAGCAAGGCGCCGGGACUGUCAUCGGCAACAUCGGCCGCGAUGCCCGGCUGCAGCCCGGGCCUCCGAUGCAGCCGUCGGGGGAGCGUCCCCGGGGCCCGAAGGUCUCUUCCUCCUCCUCCACCUUCCGGGUGCUGGAGAACUCGGCCCCGCAUUUGCUGGACGUGGACGCCGAGAGCGGGCUGCUGUACACCAAGCAGCGCCUGGACCGUGAAGCCCUGUGCCGUCGGAGCGCCAAAUGCCAGCUGUCGCUGGAGGUCUUUGCCAACGACCAGGAGAUCUGCAUGAUCAAGGUGGAGGUGGAGGACCUGAACGACAACGCGCCCUCCUUCCCCUCGGAGCAGGUGGAGCUGGACAUUGCUGAGAACGCCGCCCCAGGUACCCGCUUCCCUCUGGCCAGCGCCCACGACCCAGACGCCGCCCAGAAUGGCCUGCGCACCUACCUGCUCACCCGCGAUGACUACGGCCUCUUCUCGCUCGACGUCAAGGCACGUGGCGAUGGCACCAAGUUCCCAGAGCUGGUGGUCCAGAAGGCCCUCGACCGCGAGGAGCAGAGCCACCACACCUUGGUCCUCACUGCCCUCGAUGGCGGCGACCCGCCCCGAUCUGGCACCGUCCAGCUCAACGUCCGCCUGGUUGACUCCAACGACAACAGCCCCGUCUUCGAGGCCGCCUCCUACGUGGUGGAGCUCCCCGAGAACGCCCCACUGGGCACUGCUGUCCUGGACCUCAACGCCACCGACGCCGACGAGGGCACCAAUGGCGAGGUGGUCUACUCCUUCAGCGGCUAUGCGCCGGAGCGGGUCCGCGAACUUUUCAGCAUCGACCCCCAGACGGGCCUGAUCCGGGUCAAGGGCGACCUGGACUACGAGGAAGGCAGUCUGGUGGAGAUCGACGUCCAGGCCCGGGACCUGGGGCCCAACCCGAUCCCAGCCCACUGCAAGGUCACCGUCCGCCUCCUCGACCGCAACGACAAUGCCCCAGCCAUCGGCUUCGUCUCUGUUCGACAGGGGGCCCUCAGUGAGGCCGCCCCACCAGGCACCGUCAUCGCCUUGGUGCGGGUCACCGACCGCGACGCCGGCAAGAACGGGCAGCUUCAGUGCCGCGUCCAAGGAGAGGGCCCUGGUGGAGAGAGCGCCGUCCCUUUUGCCCUCGAGGAAAACUACGACAACCUCUACACCGUGGUGACCGACCGGCCCCUCGACCGGGAGGUCCAGGAUGAGUACAAUGUCACCAUCCUGGCCCGGGACGGUGGCAACCCGCCCCUCAACUCCACCAAGUCCUUCACCGUCAGGAUCCUUGACGAGAAUGACAACCCACCCCGCUUCAGCAAGAACCUCUACGUCCUCCAGGUCCCCGAGAACAACAUCCCUGGGGAGUACCUGGGCUCUGUCCUGGCCAAGGACCCUGACCUGGGCCAAAAUGGCACCGUUUCCUACUCCAUCCUGCCAGGGCACGUGGGUGAUGUCUCCAUCUACACCUACGUCUCUGUCAAUCCCACCAACGGGGCCAUCUACGCCUUGCGAAGCUUCAACUAUGAGCAGACCAAACACUUUGAGUUCCACGUCUUGGCCAAAGACUCAGGGUCCCCCCACCGAGAGAGCAACGCCACCGUCCGGGUCACUGUUCUUGACGUCAAUGACAACGCCCCCCUGAUUGUCUUGCCAGCCCUGAUCAACGACACUGCCGAGCUCCAGGUGCCACGCAAUGCGGGCGUGGGCUACCCAGUGGGCACCGUCCGGGCCUUGGACAGCGACUUUGGAGAGAGUGGGCGCCUCACCUACGAGAUUGUGGAAGGCAACGAGGAGCACCUCUUCGAGAUGGACCCCACCAGUGGGGAGAUCCGUACCCUGCAUCCUUACUGGGAAGAACUCAGCCCUGUGGCAGAACUGGUGGUCAAGGUCAGUGACCAUGGGAAGCCCAGUCUCUCAGCUGUAGCCAAGCUGAUAGUCCGGGCCCUGGCUGGCCCUCUCCCCGAAGCGGGGGAGCCCCAGGUAAAUGGGGAGCAGCACCGACGACCUCACUGGGACCUAUCUCUUCCCCUCAUUGUCACCUUGAGCACUGUCUCCAUCAUCUUGCUGGCCGCCAUGAUCACCAUUGCUGUCAAGUGCAAGCGGGAGAACAAGGAGAUCCGCACCUAUAAUUGCCGCAUUGCUGAGUACAGCCACCCCCAGCUUGGCGGAGGGGGUGGUGGGGGUGGUAGUGGGGCAGGAGGCAAUGGUGGGGGCAAGGGCAAGAAGAAGAAGAUCAGCAAGAACGACAUCAUGCUUGUGCCCAGUGAAGGGGAGGACAGUCGAGGUCCCCUCAAUGUCAUGAACGUGGUGAGCAGCCCUUCUUUGGCCACCUCACCCAUGUAUUUUGACUACCAGACCCGCCUGCCCCUUAGCUCCCCCAGGUCAGAGGUGAUGUACCUGAAACCAGCCUCCAACAACCUGACUGUACCCCAGGGACAUGUGGGCUGCCACACCAGUUUCACGGGGCAAGGGACUAACGUCACUGAGGCUCCUCCGAGCAGGAUGUCCAUAAUUCAGACAGACAAUUUUCCCGCAGAGCCCAAUUACAUGGGCAGCAGGCAGCAGUUUGUUCAAAGUAGCUCCACGUUCAAGGACCCUGAACGAGCCAGUUUGAGAGACAGUGGGCAUGGGGACAGUGACCAAGCUGACAGCGACCAAGAUACUAACAAAGGCUCCUGUUGUGACAUGUCGGUUAGGGAGGCACUCAAGAUGAAAACAACUUCAACUAAAAACCAGCCGCUUGAACAAGAACAGCAAGGGAGAGGCCAAAGACCCAUUGUUGGGAUCUGUGGACCAGCCCGCUGUAAGGAAGGAAAAUUUUCAGAACAAGAAGAGUGCAUUAAUUGCACAGAUGAAUGUCGAGUGCUUGGUCAUUCUGAUAGAUGUUGGAUGCCCCAGUUCCCCACUGCCAACCAGGCUGAAAAUGCAGAUUAUCGAACAAAUAUCUUUGUCCCCACAGUGGAAGCUAAUGUUGAGACUGAGACUUACGAAACUGUGAACCCCACGGGGAAAAAGACUUUUUGUACAUUUGGGAAAGACAAGAGAGAGCACACUAUUCUCAUUGCCAAUGUGAAACCUUAUCUCAAAGCCAAACGUGCCCUGAGUCCUCUCCUCCAAGAGGUUCCCUCAGCAUCAAGCAGCCCAACCAAGACCUGUAUUGAGCCUUGCACCUCGAAAAAAGGACCACUGGAUAGUUGUGAAGUCAAAACAGGAGCCUUGGCUGAACCCAGCAGCCAGUACAUGACAGCUACUGACAGUCAGUAUCUAUCACCUAGUAAACAGUCCAGAGACGCUGCAUUCAUUGCAUCUGAUCAGAUGGCUAGGGUCUUUGCUGAGGUGCAUUCCCGAGUGAGCCGAGACUCCGCUGAGAUGGACUCUGUACUGGAGCAGAUAGACCGUUCAAACAGGGAACUAGGGAGAGAGUCAGUGGAUGCCGAGGAAGUAGUGCGGGAGAUUGACAAGCUUUUACAGGACUGUCGGGGAAAUGACCCUGUGGCUGUGAGAAAAUGAAACAAAAAAACAAAACAAAACAAAAGACAGCCUGGCAUUUAUUUGCUUCUUCUGCUGAUUUAAAAAAAAAAUCUCCCCUGGUUCUAAAAUUUAUACAGGGAUGAACGAAGACCAAUGCUGCUUUAAGGCUUUUAGUGAACAUCUGAAGUGCCCACAAGUAUGUUCUUUUCACUGCUCUUUCUUUUUCAGAUAACACUGGUUUCGUUUUUACCAAACUUUCAUUAGAACAGUGUGAUGUGUGUUAAGAGAAGGGAGGAGGGUGGAAGGAAGGAAAGAAGGAAGGAAGGAAGGAAGGAAAAAUUGAUGCCACUUUGACAAUCUAAUAGAAAGUUGUAGAAAAAAGACAAAUGGAACCUGAUAUUUUAAGACUGAUAGUUGAUGUUGACUUCACUGUUUACCUGUAGACCCCAUAAAAAGCAGGGUGGAAUAGUUCUGUGAUAGGUUUCCAGCAGUCAUUACAUGCUUCUACUGAAAAUCCCAAAACCAGAAACCAAGUAAACAUACAAAAAUCCCUGUAGUCAACCAAGCUACACCAAGCAUUAACAGUCAUUUGUGAUAACCAUUUCUGUAUAAAGUUAUCUGCCACACGCGCACACAUACACACACAAAAGAAAAGAAAAACAAACAAAAAAGAGAGAUAGAAAGAAACCCAAGAUUCCAUUCCAUAGCAUUGUUCAGCAAAAAUAUCCUGGUCAUUAGUAAUUCAGCUCAUGUCAUAUUAAAGUUAAAUGUAAAAUGGUAGAGUCCAUGUUUGUCCUGCACACGCAUAAACUAACUCACAUGGUAAGAAGAGGGGGAAGGGGCUUUAGUGUCCAGCAAAACUCUAGGAUAGCAGUAUCUUUUAAACCUGAGGCAUAAUAUGAGAUCACAAAUAAUAAUUACCCUUUGAGGGGUAAUAAUAGUGGAGAUAAAUUAACAUUAUUAACACCUUUUGUAAGUCAUUUGUGGACACUAAAAUAGCUCAAGUGAGUGAAAACAUUUCAGAUAUCCAUGCAAAUCCACUAAAAUCAUUUAAAUGUGCAAAUGUAAGAAGAUUCAAUGUGUUUACAUCAAAUGACAUAUUUUUAUUGAUUUAUUGCAGAUUCAGUGCAUUUGAGCCAAAUUGUUGAGUGUAUAAGAGCUAUAUUGUGUAUUUUAUUAAAUUAAUAUAUAGUUGUGUUGCAAAAAAGAAAUAUUUGGGCUUAUAAUGUAAAUGGCAAAUGUUGCCUCAGUAGCUGUUGAACUCUAUGAGUUUUGUUCUCCUUUUUCUUUUCUUUUUCUUUUCCUUUUCCCCCGCGGAGUGUGGAAAGCAGGGCCUCAGAGCAAAGUCUCUUGUUUAAUGUAUGGUCUACCAAGUACUGCAGUACAUAAUCUGUUCAAAAUGUGUCUUGAGUGAGUUGAUGGAGCUAACUGAACGGCCGGCGAAUACAUCCAUCCGUCAUGGUUAUGUGCAAGUCCUUGUAGAAGCUUCUGUCGCAACCCAUGUUUAAUAACAAAAAUUACACUUGAACCAACACCUGGAACCUCCUUGUUCUUUGCUGAGUGUUGCUCAAUCAUUCACAAAGACACAGACCAAUCUGUUUAAAUAGUAUGGUCAUGGUUGAAUUCUCAAAUUACCCUAAUAUUUCAAAGUUCAAUACUACUCUUUGGUUCAUGGAGCAUGAAAAUGCUUUGGUGCCCAUGUGAUACAAACAAUCUUUUGUCUGGUUUUCUGGAAAGAGCUGUUACAUUUACUAAAGUUUCAGUGUGAGCUCACAGGCCUCCCUCUGUCCCUCUUAUCAGCCUAUUCAUUCCCUCUCUCUCUCUCUCCCUCUCCCUCCCCUCUCUGUCCUUGGCACACACUUUCCCAUGUGUUGUUCUGCAUUUAAUUCUUUUAAAAAACUACAGCAUAAAUUUAAUGUUUUAUUUGAAAUUUGUAUAAGCACAACUGAGUAUCAGAAUUAUAGCUAUAGAUAUAAAUGUUCAUAAAACAUUCAUAUAACCCCUUAGUUCAUUUUCUUCCCCAUGUCUAUGUUUUAGGUGAGCUGUGCAACGUAGUGCCAAUACAUUCACUUGGGACAAAGGUGUCUUGUUACUGUGUUAAA